GUUUUUGCGGCUAACGCAAAAUGGUGUUUAAUUAUAUGAAUGUGACGAAAAUUAAUAUGCGUCGAAGAUCUUCGACAAGCAUGAAGAAAGUUUUCGAAAAUCGAAACUCUUAUAGUGAUGUUGAUGUAGAGUCCUCCUUCGGGAUGCGGCAUGUGGUCAUAUUUUUACUGUUCCUGUCGACAGUAACGUCGUAUGCCACCAGGGUCAGCAUGAGUCUUGCCAUUGUUGCCAUGACCAAACCUAACGAGCAUGGCUUUCCGAUAUUCGAAUGGGAGCAAAGCAUACGAGAUACAAUUCUAUCGUCAUUCUUCUGGGGCUACAUUGUGCUGCAGAUACCAGCUGGUUUACUCGCUGGCAGAUUUGGCGGGAAAAUGCUUAUCUUUGUUUCUAUGAUUAUUACUGGUAUAAUCAAUUUGUUUACACCCCUGAUGGCAACUCAGGGUGACUGGAUAGCGGUGUGCGCAUGUAGAAUUCUGAUGGGUCUUGCGCAGGGUCUAUUGUAUCCAAGUAUCCAUGGUGUCAUAGGACAAUGGGCACCCUUGUCUGAGAGGAGUCGUAUGGGAACCAUUGUAUAUUCGGGUUCACAGCUAGGAACAAUCAUAGAGAUGGUGAUAGCUGGGUGGUUGUCAGAGAGCAAAUGGGGCUGGCCAUCUGUUUUCUAUGUAGCUGGUAUCACCUGCCUCGUCUUCUCCGUAAUUUGGUACAUCUUCGGAGCCUCAACUCCUGGAACCAGCCGCUGGAUAUCUAAAGAAGAAAGAAAGUUCAUUGAACUAAGUGCUGGCGCGGCUGACAUAAAUGAACAAAAGAAAGUGGCAACACCAUGGAAAAAAAUCUGGACUUCGCUACCAUUCUGGGCGAUACUACUUGCGCAUUGUGGACAAAGUCUUGGUUUUUGGACACUUCUUACUGAAAUGCCUUCGUAUAUGGAUAAAGUGCUGGGUGUCGCUAUAAAAGACAACGGCCUCUACUCUGCCCUUCCAUACUUGGCUAUGUACAUCUUGAGUUUCGUGUUCAGUUGGCUUGCAGACUUUAUGAUUAACAGGAAUAUUCUAUCACAUGGAACUAUUAGAAAAAUCUUCAACACUAUUUCAUUCUGGGGCCCCGCAGCAGCUCUUCUAGGUCUCUGCUACAUACCAGCAGGUCAUGUACCUUUGGCAGUCGCGAUGUUGACCGUCACUGUUGGACUUAAUGGCGCUCAUUAUGUUGGAUUCUUGAUCUCCCAUAUCGAUCUGUCACCGAACUUCGCGAGUACACUAAUGGGUAUAACCAAUGGCUGUGGUAAUAUCUUCUCCAUCAUGGCGCCGCUGAGCGUCACCCUUGUUGUUCAGGAUGAGCACUCCGCAUCUGAAUGGCGAAAAGUUUUCUUCCUCUCCGUUGCGUUCUAUUUCCUCAGCAAUCUCUUCUUCAUACUCUUCUACUCUGGGACUGUACAGCCAUGGAAUGAACCUAAAAUGAAGAGUUCUAUCGAGGAGGGUGUCAAAGAAAAACAAAGCGAUAAGACUGCAACUGAACUGGAGAAGAUUGAAGAUAAAAAGUUUUAAAUGGAGUUUAUAAAAUGCUUUAAACUAGUCAUAUUGUACAAAGAUCGAACGACAGGUAUUUUUUGUUAAGACUGUACUUAGAUGACAUUUUAUUAAAACCGAAUUAGACGUACCGCUGGGGUUGUUACAAAUACGAUUCGUUAUUGUUACGAGCGCAUUUUGCUUUAAAAAACACAAUUACGUUUAGUAUUUUGUAUACAGAAACCGGGUGUUUUAACUUUCACUACAGUAGUUAUCGCAUGUUUUACAAUUUGUUAAAUAAUAUUACAUAAAUAAAUAAGGCUGUGGCAUAAAUGUAACAUCUUAAAAGGUCCUAUAAUAUAACGAUUUCUAUGGAAAUAGGUAAUAUUUAAAGUAAAUAGAUUAAUUGACAUGUCUCCUUCCUCCAUUAUGGGGCUUUGGGCUGACAGAUUUCUGUGUCUGAUUAGAUUUCUUUCUUUUGACCUUUUAGUACAUAAUAAAAUUGUCACUGAGACAAAUAUUUCAGAAAAAAGUUCUUUAAAAUAAUCGCACAAUCCGAAUCCCAUGGGAUCGAUUUAAAAAAGUCAAUUCAUCAAAAAAGUUUUGUUGCAUUAUUAUUAUUCAAAGUAUUUAAAAGUAUAAUUUAUAAAGUUUGUCUGUGAUGAGUGUGCAAUAGUUGUAAUUUUUGUUGUUGUAAAAACUUAUUAGGUGUAUAUAAUAAUUAAUCAAUGCGUUUGUUUGUUCACUAUCACCUCUCACAGAAGUGAUUUUUAUGGAAGUAUUUCAUAGCAAAAGAAUAUAAACGACUUUUUCGGUCUACGCACAUAAUAUCCAAAGGAUAUUAUUAUUCAUUUAAAGAAUUAAAUAUGGCUAAACAAAUAAACAAAUCAAAGACACCGAUCGUACAUCUUAUGAUAGAAAGGUUUUAAGUCUAAGUGAGAUUCAGAGAGACAUAGAUUAAUGAAAAAUAGUUCCCGUUUGUCAAAACCCAUCAUAUUUCUAUACAGAGACGGUUCAAGUUAGACAUUAAAAAUUACUGUAAAUGCUUCCAGCAUUACAAACAUUCAUUUUCAAUAAGCUAUAAUAAUUAAUAAAAAAUAUAAAAUUAGUAUUACUAAUAAUAUCUCUUGAACAUAAAGUUAUGUUCUCGUUACGCUUUAAACUCUUCAAGUUGAUGUUAUUGCCGCUUUAGGUACAAUUAAGAUUCACAUUUUUACUUAGUUCCUGUUACAGAGAUUAGUUAAAAAAUCUAAACAAGUUAACCGGGCCGCUAUCCGGCUAAAUCCGUCUUAGACUUAAAAUAACGCGUAAUAAAAUAAUAAUUAUUUAAUCGCGUAUAUUAGAAGAAAGUAUAUUUAAUUUAAUAAAUAUUGUAAUAAGUUAUAAUUUUAAUUGUAAAUAAAUGAUUAAAUGGUUUCCAAAGUG